AAAUUUGCUUUCAUUUUCCUAUUUUUGCAAAUGUUUCUAUUUUGCAUAUUUUCUACGUGUUGUAAGUUUGAUUUACGUCUGUGUUUUUCACAUACAUUCGACGUACAGUAAAACUGACGCGUCAAGUCUCUGGUCCACCACGCGUACUCACGCCGCGCGUGUGCUGCCGGUGUACCGGGGCGCGGGAGGGGUGUGUUCCGUAUUUGUGUGUAGAAGAACAAGCGCAUGCGCUUUACGAGAGCCGAAACAGAAGCGGAGCGCGUCAGACCGCAGCGGCUGCAGAUUUUUCCCGUCAGACGGGAGGGGAGGAGAGGAGGCCAGCAGGAAGAAGGGACCGUAGGGAGAUGGGAAUACUUUUAUUCAGAGGGAUAUGGAUUUAACGCACAAAAUCACGGAGAUUCUCACUUGACAUCGCAACAUCCACCCGUAUUGCGUUCGGAAGCGCUGGGAAUUAUAGGCUAGGCUACUCUCAACCCCGGUGAUGAUGACGACUGGAAAGUGAAUCUGGAGUGAUGAGACAAAACGCGAAAGGAGAAAAGCGCGCUGCUGGAUCCAUCCGACAGGGUUGUUGUCUCCCCGGACUCAGGGUUGAUUAUCGGUACCGUCGUUCUCCUCUCACAGGCGUGGAGGUCAUAUAAUGGAGAGCCCCAAUGGCUCCGACACCAAACCGCAGAGCCAUCAUCAUCCUCAGGUGGAGAAGAAGAGGUUAAACCGCGCGCCGUCCCCUGCCAGACCCGUCCUUAAGGAUGUCCACUCUCGAUCGGGCAAACAGAUCGUGCCAAAAUCACCCAAACUCAACAAGCCGCAAGCGUCCGCUGCUCCGGUAGCGUCUCAAAGCCGCGUACCGAGACGCGCCACCCCCAGCGCGAAGGAAAAACCGGCACCUGCAAAAAGCAACAUCAAGCCCUCAUCUACAAAAAAGUCCGUUAAGGUCACUCAGCAUGCAGCAUCCGAACCGAAACCGGCCGGCAGAGUGGUUGACACCGCUCCGCAAAUCGCCAAAAGCAAGCAGAGGUUGGCCCCUCUUUCCCACGGUCCCGUCGGAUCCCCGAUACGCGUUCCCACCGGCCGGGUUUGCCAGACGGACAGCAGUUCGGAUUUGUCCGAUUGUCCAUCCGAACCUCUGUCCGACGAGCAGAGACUCGUUCAAGCCGCCAGUAGCGAUGUGGAGUCGUGUAGCGGCUCCGGUUCGAGCGAGCGCGGGGAGCAGGUGGCUGAGAUUCGUGUGCGCACGGCGGACUCGAGCGCGACGCUCAGAGAAGCGGCGAUGUCAGGUGCGCACGCUGGGAAAUGUAAAGCGGAGAAAACCGCACAAUUCAAAGCGAAAGGGAAGGAAAUUAUCCAAGAGGAAUUGUUAAGGGAAAUCGAAGACCUUCGUUCGGAAAAUGACUACCUCAAGGAUGAAGUGGACGAGUUGCGUGCCGAGAUGGAGGAAAUUAGGGACAACUACCUUGAAGAGGAGGUCUACCAGCUACAGGAACUACGCAGGGAACUGGACCGUUCCAACAAGAACUGUCGAAUCCUUCAGUACCGCCUCCGCAAGGCUGAACAAAAGAGUUUGCGUGUAGCUCAGACCGGACACGUUGACGGAGAUCUUCUACGCGGUCUGGAGCAAGACCUAAAGGUGGCCAAAGACGUAUCGGUGCGUCUGCACAAUGAACUGGAGACGGUGGAAGACAAGCGCACGCGGGCGGAAGAUGAAAACGAGAUGCUCAGGCAAAAGAUCAUCGAAGUGGAGAUCUCCAAACAGGCCCUGCAUAAUGAAUUCGAGAGAGCCAAAGAGACCGCUCUGCGCAGACGGGGGAGCAGAGAAACAUUCAAAGACAAGAAGUCAUUAACUCAGGAGGACAGUGCAGACCUGCGUUGUCAGCUGCAGUUUGCCAAGGAGGAAUCGACCCUUAUGCGUAAAAAGAUGGCAAAACUGGGCCGUGAGAAGGAUGAACUGGAACAGGAGAUGCAGAAGUACAAAUCGCUAUACGGGGACGUCGACAGCCCUUUGCCCCUGGCGGAUGUGACGGGUGGAGGUCCCCACACUACCCGCGAGGCAGAGUUACGCUUACGGCUCAAACUGGUAGAGGAGGAAGCCAACAUCCUGGGCAGGAAAAUCGUAGAGCUAGAGGUGGAAAACCGCGGACUUCGGGCGGAAAAUGAGGACCUGCGCUGCCAAUACGAGAGAGACUGCUUCGGGCGUGAACCCUUCUCGAGUGUCCCUACCUCACCGUAUGGUGGCGAUGCGUUGGAAUCUGCCAGUGAACUUCGCCGCCACCUGCAGUUUGUGGAAGAGGAGGCGGAGCUUUUGCGCCGCUCCAUCUCUGAGAUCGAGGACCACAACAAGCAGUUGACAUCCGAGCUUAACCGUUUCAAAUUUGGGCCCAGCCAAAGUGAAAGGGAGUCGGAGGGUGCUGAAGGUGCAAGUGCUGGGGCACUAAAACCUACCAGCGGGAGUGGGGGAGGUAAUGGUUUCUUAGCUUGCCCAGUUAACAGCGCCACCCUACAGGAGGAGCUGAAAACCUCAAGACUCCAAAUUAACGAGCUUAGCGGGAAGGUGAUGAAAUUACAGUACGAGAACCGGGUGCUAAUCUCAAAUAUGCAGCGUUGUGACCUGGCGUCAAACCUUGGUGUGCGCACCGGUAGCCCUCGUGAUAGCGACGCGGACAGCGAUGCCGGGCGAAGGGAACAAGACGAAGAGGAGACGGCCAGGCUUUUGUUGCUGCAGCCCAAACGGGAAGGUCCUGUCGGUGGGGAGAGCGACUCCGAUGAUCUGUUUGAGAAGACUGCUACCUCUGGGUUCGCCAGUGGUGAGAAACCCUCUGGAGAGUCGGGAGCUGCCGAGUUGGCCCAGCGGAGACGAGAGGACCGGGAGACGCUCAACAACAUCAGGCGUGAAGUGGAACGACUCGGAAAAACAGUGGAACGGCUCAUUACGGACACAGACAGUCUUGUCCGCGAAGGACACCUGGUGGUCAUGGGAGGGGAUUUUCUAGAGGGUUCUGAUACUAAAUCUAACCCCGGCACACAGGUGCUCGAUUCCAUCAACACCUGCAUGAGGACUUUCCGAACUGAACUCCAGCUAUUCAUGGAAAAGGUAGAUCAUCUAGGGGAUGGUUUACGGGAACGUACGGAUGACCUCUCCCCUAUGCCCAACCUCACCGAAUCCAGCAGCUUUCUCUCCACGGUCACCUCCAUGUCAAGGGACUCACCCAUCGGAACCCUGGGAAGAGAUCUGAUGACAGACCUUCAGUACUGGCGAAGGGAAGAGCAGGACUGGUGCCUAGACCGGCAGAGUGGCCCGGAGCCCCAGGGGCAGGUCAGCGCUAAGGGGUCCGCCACACCCAGGGGCGCCCCUGGACACAGUAGAUACAUCAGGCCACACAGUUUCAGACCCGAGUGCUGGGAUUUUGAGAGUGCUGUUCUGUGUUCUGGUGGGGUUCAGUUCCGUGACCCGGUGCUACCUGAGGUGGUAACCCCUACCAGAGAGAUGCAGUUACGUCUGGACCAUGAGAGGAGGAUGAGAUGUGGACCGGAGGAGAGAGAGAGCUCAACAUCAACCGUCCCUCAGGAUGAGGAGAGGCAGCGUUCAGAGGCGCGGCGAGGGCUCGAACUUCAGGGCCUUCAAUCUCACGAGCCACAGGAAAGAGUCCUGCUCCAACAAGAGGUCAGGUUCUUCCGGCAAAACAUGAUCAUUGUCUACAUGAAGCUGCGAUGGAUCCUCAUGCACUGGAGACUCGGCCGCAGGACGGACGCCGCAGAGGAGGGAGCGCAUGCAGAGUACGAGAGAUUGGAGAACAUUCCAGAACUGAGCAGUGUGAUUGAGCAGGGGGACAGCGAGACAGAAAGAGAAGAUAAAGUUUGUCACCAGAUCACAGGAAGUGACAUCACAGAGCCCGCCCCACUCUUGCUUUCUCCAGAGAGAUUUCAGUAUCAGAAACAGGUGGGUGAAAGUCGGCGGGUACUGAACGCCCUGCGCUCCCUGCUGGAAGAGCUGAGGGCGGAGCUUCGCGAGGAGGCCCAGCGGCGCUGGCAGCUGCAACAGACGCUAGCCAAUGAGAGAGCAACGUGGGAAAUGCAGAGGGCUGAAAUGAGGAGCCAUGUUGCCAAGCUGCAAGGGGUGAGUGGUGAGUCUGCAGGCGCAGCCGCAGCAGAUGCGCUGCAGCAGGAACGUGAGGAACAGUGCCGCCUGCUGGCCGACAGUCACAGCCUGACACUGGAGCUGCGCUGGAAACUGCAGCAUGGAGAGAAGCGUUGGACCCGCGAACGGAACGAAAUGUUGGACCGAUUCGAGAAAGAGAGGCACGAAUGGGAGCACAGCUUACGAGAAAUGCACCGCAAGAUGGAGAAGAUGCAGAAAGAUCUGCGUCAUUCGGAGGGGGCUCACCAGUCAGAAGGAGGUUCAGCGCAUGUCUUCUCACCUCAGGAGAGCCCAUCGAAGCCUCCCAGAUCUCCUCGCUCCCCCUGCACAGCAGCGCACAUGCGCUCACACUCCGACUCUGAGGCCACGCUGGAUGAGAAGGGCGCAGUGAGCAGACUCAGACCUUGCGAGGGACCUCGGGUCUCAGAGAACCUGUUUUUGGACGCCCUCUCUUUGGACUCCCUAAGAGAGAUGGAGGUUCCCCCUCCAUCAUGUCUGGAGAUGGAGAAGCGUUUUCCCUGCAUGAAGGAAGCUCUGAAUGAGAUUUGUGAGACUGUAGAAACGGAUGUUUACCCGGAUGAGGAGAUGGGUGCCGGCAGUCUGCUCAGGGCAAAGUCGGUUUGCUCCAUGAGCGAAUUCCAGCGAUUGAUGGACAGCUCCCCCUUCCUACCAGACAAGAGCAAGUCUGGCGAGCACGGGCAGGAUGAUGUAACUCCUCCCCUUUCACCAGACGACCUCAAGUACAUUGAAGAGUUUAAUAGUAAGGGCUGGGAUCUGCCCACAAGCUCCCUGACGGCUUGCCCCAUGCCCGGUACAAUAAUUCCCCCUCCCGUGACGGAGGCCUGGGCAGAGAGGACAGAAUCCCGAAGGGCCGAAUCUAGUUCAGAAGCAUUCCAGCCAGCCUCUUGGUACCUAACUACCAGCGCUACCCUGACCACCAACACCAUGAGUAGUCCCGAGUACUGCCAAAAGCUCCCGCUUAGGACAGCACAGGGGUCAGAACAGUUUGGGGUUCAGAUCAUUCAUAGCCCUGCAAGAGGGGAGCGGUCUGCUAUGGGCCCUACUGAGCAGGAGUAUUUGUUCUCAAAAAUGACCAAAGUAAACACAGGGGAGGUCAUAGGAGGUGCAGAGGAGGUGUUUGGAGGCAGAUGGCCAUGUGAGUUAAGGAGUCAUUUGGAGGCAGGACUCAGGCCUGGAGAGCACCCAUUGCUUUGUCCUGCCGUAGGGUACAGUUCACCUCUAGAGCUAGAGAUGGCACGCAAUCUCAGCGAUGACAUGAAGGAAAAGGCCUUUUCCACCCUCAACACCAUCCGAUCCUCUGCGUCUGGAUCCAGCCCUCCAGAAAGGCAGCUACGAGAUAUGGCGUGUCAGACGAACGGUUUAACCUCACGGGGCACUCAGACCACCCAGACCAUCAGCGUGGGGCUCCAAACAGAGACCAUCCGCACCCUCACCAGCAGCCCACACCGCUGUCUAACACCCAAAGGAGGCUCCACCCCAAUCUCAUCCCCAUCUAGGAGCCUGAGAAAGAUGCAGUACUCUCCUGUAGUUCAGGCCAAGUUCGAGCGCCCCUGCUGUUCCCCUAAAUACGGCUCACCCAAGCUCCAAAGGAAACCCUCUUCCAAUUCUGUCAAAACCGACCAACCUGCUGCCCAAGUCCGUGUUCCUACCCCAACAGCUCAGCAGCAAAAAGGCAACAAUGAAUCCGCUUGGGCACGCUCCACGACAACCAGGGACAGUCCAGUUCACACCACCAUCAACGAUGGCCUCUCCAGCCUCUUUAACAUCAUCGACCACACGCCCAUCGCUUACGACCCUGUGCAAAAGUUCAACAAGUCUCCCAGCCGCUCUCGUCCCACGGAGGCAGGGCCUCAGGGGUCGGCGGAUUCCAAAUCUCCAAGCGUUUGUGCCACACAGGGGCCUUUGAGAAACUCUCGGGGCCGGUCCCCAAGCCCUGUGCAGCUGAUCGUAGAAACGCAGGGCGAGAAGAAUCCAGAGGUUAUUAGCAUCAGACAGGAUCUGUCCGCUCCGCCGGGUUACACGCUAGCAGAGAACGCCGCACGGCUCUUAAAUAAGAAACUGCUGGAGCAGAGCUUCAGAGAGGAGAGGAAACUUUCAACUACAGCUGCUCAGAACAAAGGGGAUGCAGAGAAACCAGGAUGUCUUGAGGACUUGCCACGUUCGCCAGUUGCCCCGCCUCUGGACUCUCGCUUCCUGCGUCCGGCACGCCCCGCAAACCGACGCCCACCGUCCCGCUGGGCUGCCCACUCGCCGUCAUCUUCCCCCAACUACAAAGAUCGCACGGAGUUCCGUUUCCCCUCGCCAGUCAGAGCGGUUCAGACCAUCCCAGAAUCAGAGGAACCCGGUCAGGAGGUUAACCUUUAACCAGUCUUUAACACUCCUGCUUCCUUGCAACUUAGGCAUCAUUUUGUUUUGGAUUUUUUUAAACCAGCCGGUUUAUCAUGACAGUUUUUCUUUCCUGUCUGGAAUAGCGUGAUGGAUGAAAAAAGCUCAGGGCUGAUAACCAGAAGUAUGGAGCCAGCACCGUAGUGCCCUUGAGCAAAGCAGGCUGUGUUUGGAAUUGAAUGCUAGUAUACUAUUUACUGCACACUAUAUACUGUAUCCUCUAUACAGCCUACUGUCGUUUUCAAAUAGUAUGUACACUGUCAGAAAAAAAUAACAAUAAUAAUCCUUGACUGUCACCGGGGCUGCAGUACACUUUAAGAAAGUACACGUUUGCACCUAAAGAGUUCAUAUAGUACCUAAAAAAAGUAAUGUACACACAUCUGUACCUAAGUGGUACAUAUUAGGACUUUUUUUAAAGGGUACUGCCUCAGUGACAGCUUGGGACUUUUCUUCUGACAGUGUAGUAUGUACCCGUAAACUUUGACUUCAUUACAUUAGCACGUUUAAAUACGUUGAGUUAGCUGGAUAAAUAAAUGAGGUUAUUUUGCACCGUUAAUCAAAUUAUGUCUAAAAACAAAGAUUUAUAUUUUUUUGUAAAUUAUUACUUUUGGUUCAGUGGUCACAUUGGAAAGGGUUUAAAUGGGUCAUAUUAUGAUAUUUUUUUUUUAAGAUGUAGAAUAAGUCUUUGGUGUCCCCAGAGUAUGUAUAUGAGGUUUUAGCUCAAAAUAUCCCACAGAUAAUUUAUUAUAGCAUGUUAAAAUUGCCACUUUGUAGGUGUGAGCAAAAAUUUGCUGUUCUCGGUGUGUCCUUUUAAAUGAAAAUGAGCUGUUGAAAUGCAAACACUGAUCACCAUAAUGGUGUUUGGUUGAAAAUUGUGCUGUCAAUAAUUUUUUUCUCUCUGCACUAUGCCGUGGUUGGAUAGUGCAGAUGAAGGGGCGGUAUUAUUGUCACAAAACGAAAUCUGAAUGAUCAAAUCGUUCACAUGCUUGCAGUUACUGGGUUGUUCUUUUUCACAUUUUCUAGGUUAAUGCAAGCACUAGGGACCCAAUUAUAGCACCUAAACAUUUUCGUGCUAUGACCCCUUUAAAGUCGCCAUGAAACAGAAGUAGCAAUUGUCUUUUUUUCCAUAUUGUGACAUAUAUACAAGUGAAACAGCUUUUGACAUGAAAAAAGAUGUAGGGCGGGACUUGGUUUCAUCCAUAGAGACAGAGCGCAGCGCGUCAU